CUGAAGUGCGUGUACUUUUAUAUUUUUGAAAUGGCGAAUGAAGCAGUGUUAAAGUAUUUAGUGGAUACAAAUCGUCCAUAUUCUUGUGCAGAUGUAACAGUUAAUUUACGGGGAGCGUUUGGUAAGACGGCGAUUCAAAAAGCGUUAGAUGCUUUGAGUGAAGCGGGAAAGAUAAAAUGCAAAUUGUAUGGCAAACAAAAGGUUUACGCUGCUAUACAGACUGAUAGCGUGAGAGAGGAUGAAGAUGUAACAGAUUAUGAUGCUCUGUUCAAGUCUCUCACACAAGACUUAGCAGAUAAAACAAAUACUUUAAAAACAAUUGAGAUUAGUCUCAAAAACCUAGUCUCAACACCAACUACCACAGCAGCAAAAACACAAAUAGAUGAAAUUAAAAAUAGAACAGAGGCCAUAGAGAAAAAGUUGGAAAUUUUGAAAACCUCCACAGAGGUUAUAAGUGUUGAAGAUAAGAAGAAAAUACUUGGUGAACAUGAGAAAAUGCUUAAAGAAUAUAGGAAACGCAAAAGAAUCUGUAGUGACAUGCUAGAUGCAGUUCUAGAGGGGUACCCUAAAUCUAAAAAGAAUUUACUAGAAGAACUUUGCAUAGAAACUGAUGAAAUGGUUGGUUUUAAGUUGAUGGGAAAUUCUUAAACAUUUCUACAC